ACCAGAGCAGAAGACUAGAACGGAAACCAUGACACCCACCCUACCAUAAGUUUGGGCUUCCUCCAAAACCAUUUCCCUUCUGUAUGUGGAUCAGUGGGCUGAACAGAGGAUAUAAGUAGGCUUCAAGAGGCUCCUUCCACGCUCUAGAGCCUGAAGUGGCUCUAAGUUAAUGGCCAUUCCUGAGCUUUUUGCUUCUGCCUUUGGUCAGACCUACCUUCACUUCCAUGGGAGGCUUUGAGGGCCAUCUGUUCCCUGGGCUGUCUUUCUUCUUCUAUGGACUUUACCAUGCACGACUGGUCUCCAGGGCCUUGGUAUGCAAUGCCCUUGUCCAGUACCCGCCACGGCGUCCCUGGAAAAACGGAAGAUGGGCCUGGCUCCGGCAAAUAUAUUAUGUGGGGUUGGUGAAGAUACUGAGCACCUGCAUUUUAGUAGCCCAAGAGUUGCAUAGCAUUCCUACACAGUUUGUACUUAUCACCAAGAUAUAUCAUCGGAGAGACUUUGUGUAUCCCAAACCGUGGCAGCAUCUCACUUUCUACAUGACCAUCUUCAUGAGUGGGUGUGUAGACGUGGUGAGCCAGAACCUGCUGCCCCAGAGGUGUGCUGCUCUGGAGCAAAGUGUCCAAGCCCUGGGCAUAUUUACCAUCCUGCCCCUGAUGCUGUCUCACAUGAAGGACAUAGAAGGAGUGGAGCUGCAGUCUCACAUACUGUUCACCCAGGCCAUGUUCCUGCUGAUGCUGGUGGUGAUCGCAGAGCUGUGGGCUCCCAACAUGCCACUGCUCUGGAUGAUGAAGGCCUUUUUGUAUAUGAUCAUGGGCUCUUGGCUGAUUCAGAUAGCCUUUACGGUGUACAAACCCAUCUCUGGCUAUGAAUGGAGGGAUGAUGAUGAAAAUGACAUUGCUUUUGUCACCACCUUCUUCUGCUGGCAUGUGGUCUUCAGUGCCAUUUUGAUGAUCUGGAUCUACGGCUUCUCCAUUUUGUGGUAUUGUUACAUUUUUGUUAAUGCUUGAACCAGAAUGUGCCCCCGGAUGGUUCCCUGUUGCCUGCACACUCCAGGAUGUCUGGAUGAGCUGUGGGAGGUGGAGCUGUCAGAGAUGACAGGGUGUCCUUCCUUCAGAGGUGUCUCACCGUGG